AUGACCACAACGAAUGGCACGUUGGGCAUCUCUCUGAACAACACCCAAGAACUCGAUGAUGUCUUCGUUACUGGCUGGAUGCCAUCCGCAACAGACCAGAGGCACAUCGGAUAUUCUGUGGACCUGCACCGCCACUAUCCUCCUCUGUGUAUGGACAGCCGUGUGCCUCAACAUUCCGGUACCGGGUGA